AUGUGGAAAGAGCUUUGUGUAAUUAUGGAUCGAAUUUCAGCCUCACCAGAUGUGAAUGUCAUAGUACUGUCAUCUGCUGUCGAAAACAUCUUCACAGCUGGAUUGGACUUAAAUGCUCAAAAUGAGUUAAAUGGACCUGCUAUAGAUCCAGCAAGGAAAGCAAUCCAGCUGCGUGAACAUAUCUUGGAGUUCCAAAAUGCCAUUUCGUCUUUGGAGAGAUGCAGACAACCUGUCAUAUGUGCUUUGUAUGGUGUAUCUGUUGGUUUAGCAAUUGAUAUAGCAAGUGCAUGUGAUAUCAGAAUAGCAAGUGAUAAAACCACUUUUGGUAUAUUUGAAGUGAAUGUUGGCUUGGCAGCGGAUAUAGGGACCCUACAACGUUUCCCAAAGAUAAUAGGGAACGAUUCUAAAGCUAGAGAGUUAGCACUAACAGGUAGAAAAUUCAAUUCUUCAGAAGCCAAAGAAAUCGGUUUUGUAAGUGAAAUCGUUCAAGGUGGAAGAAAAGAUGUGAUUAAUGCCGCUGUGGAUAUGGCGAAAGCGAUAGCCAGUAAAAGUCCUAUAGCAGUAAUGAGUACGAAACAUCUCUUGAAUCAUGCCAGGGAUCAUUCCGUCGAAGAAGGUCUCAAGUACACGGCGACGUGGAAUGCGUCAAUGCUCCAAUCGACGGACACAGUUUUGGCAAUGAAAGCUGUGAUGGCAAAACAGGUACCAAAGUUCGCGCCUCUCAGUGAGCCUGCAAGUAUCAAAGCAAAGGCAAAGCUGUAA